CGUCGGGGCUCCCGCCUGGGCUUCGGCCGGCCGGGCCCGGAGCUCCGCCGUCCGCCACCAUGGGCAACGCGGAGGAGACGGGCUAUAUCCAGAUCUUUUCUCCAACUUAACAGGAAUUAAAACAGUGUUGACCCAAAGGGCAGAAUGUCAUUCAAAAGAAGGAUCACAUACAGCUCUAUAAAAUAGAUGGCUUACACCCAGUCUGACAAAAUGCUGUUUGCAACAGCCAUGUGUGAGAUUACUGCGUUGAGGAGAUGGAACGCCAGAAAAUUGCAAAGAAGCAAUAGAGGUGAAAAUCCCACAGAGUCACCAAGAUGUGAUGUCCAAUGAUGAGCAGUAAUUACUGCAGCAACACUUCAGCCAGCAUGAGCGUCAGUGAAAUGUCUGCCUUCCCUCUGACUUUGGAGCAAAAAACUGGUUUCGCCUUUGUGGGGAUUUUGUGUGUUUUCUUAGGACUUCUAAUUAUCAGAUGCUUCAAAAUCUUGCUAGACCCCUACAGUAGUAUGCCUUCUUCAACAUGGGAAGAUGAAGUUGAGGGGUUGGAUAAAGGGACCUUUGAAUAUGCUCUUGCAUGAAAAGUCACAUGAUAUCCUGCCUUAAAUUUGAUGUUGAUUUCAUUUUGGAAACCAACUGUUGGUACAUUUGUUACACAUGCAUACAUACAUUUUGGAGAUGUGUUGGUAUCUGUGGCAUU